AUGGACGACACAAACAUCGGUAUGAAAUCGUACGAGUUCAUUUUCCUGUUCAACAAGACAUCCGGGAGUCCGAGGGUGCAGUACUUCAUGGUGGAUCCGUGGACAAAGACCCGGAUCUUCCCCAAGUGUAAUUCUAUCGUAUUUAACAAGCUCACACACCUCGUAGGCUUUCGGCCAGUGGUAUUGGACGGAUGUCUCUACAUUAUUGGCGGGAAAGACUGGGAGUCUGGUCAGUACCGCGCGCAAACGUGGAGGUACGAUCCCGCCACCAGUCGAUGGAGUGGCCGAGCGUCCAUGCUCGAGGCUCGAUGUCGUCAUACAGCCGACGUUCUCAACGGCUGUAUCUACGUCACAGGAGGGGAGAUUCACGGGGGAGGUGUGACAGACCUAUGCGAGUCGUAUGAUCCUGUCCUGAAUUCCUGGACCGCCAUCAACUGUCUGCCCCGCCCCCGGGCUGACCACGCCGCUUGCGUAAACGACGGCAGUCUCUACGUGUCAGGGGGCAUCAGCAACCUAAAACAUCAAUGUUCUAACGUUUUCUGGGUAUAUGACGCGGUCGCGAACGAGUGGGAUGAGCCCAUACAGGGUAUAAUUUUACCUCACGAACGGGAAAAACACAACAUGGUCAGCGUCGGAAAAUAUAUCUACGUUGUAUCUGGUCGAGGAUUUGACCAAGAGACGUGGUCCGAGAAGGAUGAGUCCGCCAUUUGUUGCUUCAACACCCGAUCUAAGGGUGAGACAAGAAAGGACACCUGCUGGGAUGUGUACCAUCCCAACGUGUUCAACCCCCGGGCUAACGCCGGUGUCAUCCUACUCGGACAACAGCUGUAUUUUAUUGGCGGGAAAAGCUUCCAGAAGGAUUGUGACGUCAGAACGGUGGAAUGUUAUAACGUGAAGAGGCGUAAACUGCGUGAAGCGUUUACGUUACCAGAAGGGUACAGUUACGUUAAUGUUGACUGUGUUAAACUUAGUGUACCGGUUAGUAACACGGAUAUUACUUUCAACGACCUUCUGCUCUACGAUAAAUGGAUCAUGUGGUGA